GUUUUCGUAACUGAUGUAACAAAAAUGAAAACACGUGAAAAACACACAUUCACUACUUUUAUUUCUAUAAACUGUGCUUAUAUUUUCCAUACUUAAUACAGCCACCUAAAAAUUGAAUACAGAAGAAUGACAAAGAUGGAUUGCAAGAUGCUUGGUUUAGAAACAGAAUUUGUGGAUAGUGAUCAAGAGAAACUCAUCAACAGCAAAGAGUUGGGUUUGGAAAAGGAAUUCAUGAACAGUGAUCAAGAGGAUGAUGGUGGUGAUGAUGAUGAUGAAAAGCAGCAUGCCCAGCUGCUUGAUGCGAUUGCCUCCCUUGGAGGACAACACAAGCCUCGUUUGACUCAGAGGACCAUUCCAGGAUCUCAGGUGUCAGAAUUUUCUUUUGGAACAUCUGAAGAGGCUGGAAAAGUAAAGCUCACUGAUCUGGUAAAAAGUCUGAAGAACACAACAAAACAUGGCCGGCUGAAGAAACAGCUCCGUUCUGUACAGAAACAAAACAAAGUCGUCCCAGCGCCUCUCAGUAAACUGGAAACUGAAAGGCUACAAAGAAGCAUUGCCUAUGAGAGUACCAAAGCUGAAGUGACAAAGUGGCAUCCAGUUGUUAUUGAAAAUAGAAAGGCCUCACAGAUCACAUUCCCACUUAACCAAACUCAGUUGCAGCUUUUGACCACAGAUCAAGUGGUGAAGCAGAUCAAACCUUUCACUCCACUAGAGAUUGAAGUGGCUGCUUUGUUGAAAGGCAGCCAGAAUGUUCUUAAAAAUAAGAAGGAGCUAACUCCUGCCGAAGAGCGGGCUCUGAAGGCCAUGAGUCUGGAAGAGGCUAAAGAACGACGAGCAGAGCUUCAGAGGUACAGAGCACUGAUGUCAUACAGGGAGACCAAGGCCAAGCGACAAAAAAAGAUUAAGAGUAAAAAAUACCAUCGCAUCCUUCGAAAGGAAAGAGAAAAGGAAGAAAAGAAAGCUUUAGACAUCAUGAAACAGAAGGAUCCUGAAGGUUAUGUAGAAAAACUGCAGGAAGCUGACCGAAACCGAAUACAGGAACGUAUGAGUCUGAAACACAGAGGCGGCAGUAAGUUUGCCAGGAAGACAUUGAUGUAUGCCAAGUUUAAUCAAAAGGACAAGCAAGCUGUUAGUGAUAUGAUUCAGAAAAAUCGAGAACUCACAAAGAAAGUUGACUUAGACAUUGAUAGUGAUGAAGGAAUUGAAGAAGAUGAUGUUGGUGAAUACAGUAUGACAGAGAGUGGACCGUCUCUGAUCAAGGGACAUAACCCCUGGAUGAGCAGUCGUCCACAACUGGGCAAUCCAGCUGUAAAUGAAACCACUGAAAAUGCUGAGGAAAAUGAGUUACAAACCAAAAGUGAACACGUUGAUAUCGAUUCAGAAGAGGAGUCGACUGGUGCAGAGGAAAUUAGUAUCGUAGAGAGUGAGAUGUCUGUGCUCAAGGGACAUAACCCUUGGAUGGACAGUCAGCCACAAAGAAGCAAUACAGGUGUAAAUGAAAGUUCUGAGGACAAUGGCGGUAAGGAAAGGAACUUAAAGAAUGAAAAUGAAAAGGUUGAUGACAUGGCAGAAACAGAUCAGUUGACUGGUAAAAAUUCCAAUGAAAUAAAUAACUCUAAUAAGAAAACAAACCAAGGAGAUAUUGAACAUGGAAAACAGAAGAAAAGGAAAUUGAAAUCAUCAGCUAACAUAUCCACAGAAAAAAAAAGUAAAAAGCAAAUGGAAAUAGGUGAUGAUGUAUCAUCAAAAACAAAUGAAUCUUCUAAAAAGAAAAGAAAGAAGAAUCUGUCAGAAAAUAAAUCAUUGGAAGGGAAAAGCAGAAAAAAGACCGAAACAACAUCAGCAUCAAAAACAGAUUCUGAAUCUUUGCAAAAGCAAAAAAAGGAGAUCCAGAAAAAAUCAUUGGUGACUGACAAGGAUUCUGAAAUUGAUACGAUUGAAGACAUUUUUGAAAAACUUAACAGACCAAAAAUCAGUCCUUCAAAACCAUCAGGUAAAAAGAGAUCCAAAUCAUCAUUGAGGAACAAGAAUACUGAAAAACAAAGUGAAGAAAGUAUGGACGAAGAUUCCUCGGAUGACGAUGAUGGUUUAACCGAGUCUCUGGACAGAAAGACAACCCUUGAAGAUAUGGAUGAUCUUGCAAAGGAGCCUGAAGGUAAACCAAAACAGAAAAAGAGAAAAAGGAAGAAGAAGAAGAAGAAAGCAGCCGAUAAACAGCCAGCAGAGACAUCGACUUCUGGGAAUACUUCAGUUGAUUCUAAUAAAGUGUUGAAAGUAGAGAAAAACAUCACCAACACAGUUCUUCCAGAUGUUGUUAAAGAUGAUGGUGAUGACUUGGACUUUGAAGAACAGCAGAGACUGAUCAUUGAACAGGCGUUUGCUGAUGACGAUGUUGUGGAUGAGUUUGCAAAAGAGAAGUCUGACAUUGUCGACAGAGAUAAACCAAAGGAUAUUGACCUGACAUUGCCAGGCUGGGGAGAGUGGGGAGGUGCUGGGGUUGAGCCGUCUGCUAAGAAAAAGAAAAGGUUCGUGAUACAGGCUCCCCGAGCUCCUCCGAGAAAGGAUCAGAACCUUGGUAAUGUUAUUAUCAGUGAGUGCAAGGACACAGCCAUUGCCAAGUAUCAGGUGAGCCAGCUUCCUUACCCUUGUAUGAACAUGAAACAGUUUGAGCAAAGCAUACGUGCCCCCAUUGGCAAAGACUGGAAUCCAGAAAUGGCUUUCAAGAAAUUGGUGGAGCCGAAAGUUGUAACCCAGCUGGGGACUAUCAUCUCACCAAUAGACAAAGACGAUGGGCCGGAGUUACUGCACCAAGUGUUUCUCGAGAAGGGCUGGCUGGAGUACGACGAGGAAAUACACGACGAGUCUGACUGGAACAUAUGGUGGAAGACAUCACGGUUCCGCACCAGCGACUACGAUCAGAUCAACCCGUGGCAGCGUCUCAACCACUACCCAAACUCGGUGGGCAUCACCAGGAAAGAUUUCCUGGCAAGAACAUUGAAGCGAAUGAAGGGAGUGUAUGGGAGUGGCGUUUACAACUUCAGUCCAAUUGCUUUUAACAUCCCUAACGACUACACUAAGUUUGUGGCCGAGUACAGUAAAAUGAAGGGGUUGAGUACCGUUAAUGACAAAUCACUACUGUGGAUCUGCAAGCCGGUCGAUAUGUCUCGGGGAAGAGGGAUAUUCUUGUUCCGGGAUCUGUCCGAACUGCAGUACGACUGCAGUGCCGUCAUCCAGAGGUACGUAGCCAAUCCAUUUCUGAUAGGGGGUUACAAGUUUGACAUUAGGAUCUAUGUUGCUGUUCCAUCGUUCCAUCCUCUGACCGUGUACAUUCACCAGGAGGGGCUUGUCCGAUUCAGCACGGAGAAAUUCAGUCUGGAUUCUAUAAACAACAUUUUUGCCCACUUGACAAACACAUCGAUCAACAAGCACAGUCCCAGCUACACCCACGAUAAGGAGAGGGUCGGACCCGGGUGUAAGUGGACUCUGUUGCAGUUACGUUACUAUUUUCACCAAAAAGGUAUUGAUGAUGGUAAAAUUUGGCUUCGUAUUAUCAACAUUGUCAUCCUCACACUGAUCACCCAGGCGCCCUCUGUACCCAAGGUUGAAAACUGCUUCGAGUUGUACGGCUUCGACAUCCUCAUUGAUGACAAUCUAAAGCCGUGGCUUCUGGAAGUUAAUUUCAGUCCAGCAUUGGCAUCCGAUUGUCAGGCAGAUAUUUUGGUCAAGAAACCGUUGCUUCACGAUUUGAUGGAAAUGUUGAAUUUUAAAAGUACUGAUGCCGACAGAGGUGCACAUCUGGCUAGCAAGUGCAGUACAAAUACUAAAUCAGACCGAUACGCCUCACUGAGUAUGACAAGCAGACAUUACACACCGAGGUAUGUUGGCAUGUCCAAUUCUGAUAUCCUGAAAAGACAAUCAAAUGCUAAAGACAAAAGACUGUCCGAUGCUGCCAGUGAAAAUGAAGGUUCUGAGAGUGUGGAGCAGCAUCCAAUAUUCGGUCUUCCUCUGGUUCACCAUUCUGAUGAUGAAGGAAUAGAUGAAACACCUGAAUCAGCUAUGGAUGCUUCUAAUAGUCAUGAUUUGCAUAAUGAGUCCACUGGUGCUAUACAUUCAUCUCUUCUGAAUGGUUAUGAGGUGACAGGAUCAAAAAUAGAAGACAUUCCUGAAGGUAUACCCGUUUCCAUGACACGAACAAAUUCAGGUAAUUCUUGGACAAGAAAAGAAAAUGGUAAUAAACACACAACAAAUUCAGCAAGAUCUAGAAAUUCUUAUAAGACACAGCCUGGCUAUGGAUUACAGAAGGGUCAUAGUAAGUCGUCUACCAUUUCUGAUAGUGGCAUAUCAACAUUCUCCGGAUCUAGUGAAAAUUCUGAUCGUGUGAAAAAACCUAAUUCUGAUGGUGAAAGUUGCCCGUCUCUUCAAUCAAAGACUGGUAGUGGAGACCCCGUUGCAUUGUCUCCAGAUAAAGAUAAAACAUUGACUAAAGAUGGCAAAACGGUUUCUGUACAAUGGCAGGCCAUGACCAGAAAACCAGGUCUACCUGGUUUGGCUAGACUUGUAAAGAACCCACUAAACAGCAAGUCCACCCGUUUUAGUACAGUCACCAAAACUGGGAAGAAUGCUUUAGUGAGAUCUCAAGAGAGAGGUCCAGGUGCUGCAGGCCAUGUACUGGGAAAAGAUAAAGCUGGGGGUCUCAUGCAUAUGAAAGAUAAAGCUGGGGGUCUCAUGCAUAUGAAAGAUAAAGCUGAAGCCAUAGCAGCAUGUCAGUCAACACCUUCUCUCAACAAACUGAUCACCAGCAAGACGAAAUUAUCUUCUUCUAUUCCCGAUCUGCUGCAUUUACCAAAAGUGUCAUCAAGUAGGCUGCCCAAUCCUAAGCCAGUGGCCGUAAAUCAGCACAGGACAGGAAUCCUUAAGCCAUCUUUGAGAAUGAGCAGGAGCCACUUUGUCAAAUCCACACCACCACCACCCAAAGAGGCUCCAGAAUGUAUUGGGGAGUUUUAUCUUGUCUUUCCUUUCAAUGAGGUCACCAAGAAGGCAAGUCAGCCUGUCUUGGAUGCCAGAGCCAUCAUAAGAGAAACUCAAAAACUGAUUAAAGAAUCUGCUAAAACAAAAGGAAAAUCAUCUGGCAAAGGUCAAGGACAGGGGCAGACAUCUGCUUCUGAAGAGCCAGUUGAUAGACUGUGGGGUCCUCUGAAAGGAACAUAAUGUGAGUUUCUGCUGUGAACUGAGCACAGAAAUCUAACUGGAUUACAAAGGAAUACUAUAUUUUAUAUAUAUAUAUAUAUGAAACAGUGGAGUACAUGCCUGCAGUUAAGCUUGGAGUAAAUACUUUCAUUGGAGUAAAGCAUUUUUAACUUG